GUACCUCUGGCUACCUCUGCAUUGACUUCAAGUUUGUUGUUUCAUUUUUCUUUUUCUCGCUGUCGCAUUUGAAAUUGCUUUGAGCUGAGGUGACUUUGAAGCCAGGGCAAGGCUAAAAAGUAAAGCUGAAGAGUUCUGAGGAGAGAUAGGAGUGGUGCUGAUCCUCCUCCACGCACUGUAUAUUUUCAUUCAUAUUUUUUUGUCUAAUUCCUGGCGUCUGAGCUCACCCAGAACUCCUGAGGAGUCGGAGCGCUUUGUUGGUCACAAUGGACUUGGCUUCGUAUGGCCUUGGCGAUGCGGAGGAGGAAUUUUCCGACGACGGCAAAGGAGAUGCCCGUAGCCCAGUGGAAAGUCCGCGACGCAGCUACGCCUUUUGCAGUGAUGAAAACCUGGAACAAUGCACCGUCUACGUAAACCAGGAGCUGUCUUCGCUUGGUUUCAGACCUAUUCCGUUGUCUAUGGGCGGCAGUGAGGAUAAACACGCUGUCGCGGUCACCAGCAGCAGAGGACAGGCUCGUAAACAUUGUGUUCUUCUUGUUAAUAGUAUCUAUGAGCUGCUGCAACAGCAUCGGCACGACAUCACCCUUCUUCAGCAGAAGGACAGCAAGCUACAGCGCCUCGCAAGCGAAAUCUCUAUCAUCCGAACCUCGCAAUUCCAUUUACGAGAGCAAGUAGAGGCAACGGAGCGGGAAGCAGCGAGCUGUACAGAACGGGAGCGCCAGUGCAGCGUCAUCAACAAGUCGCUCAAUUCUCAGAUCAAAACGCUCAAGGAAGAGUUGCGCUACGCAAAGUCUGAUCACCAGCACCGAAUUGGACAGUUGAACCACGAGAACCGCAAGAUCGAACGCGAGCUUGCGCGACUCAAGGAGAAGCUUGCACAGUCCACACAGCGCGCCGGCGGGCAGUCGAGUCAGCUCGGUGUGCUCAACAACCUGGAGCGCAGCGAUCGCAAGCGCGCCUCUUGGUCCAAGGCUACGGCUGCUCAUGAAGUGGAUCUCUACCAGAAGAUUGUUGUCCAGCAUGAGACUCGUCAGCAGGAGCUUAUUUCUGAGAAUGCUGAGCUGCGGGAGAUGUUGACAGGAAUGCAACAGGAGAUUGCGUCCGUCUUGCGGCUCCGACACAUACCUAUUAUGCCUGAGAGUGCCGCUAGUUCAACUGCUGAUGCAGAGCCUAUGGAUACUUCCAUCAGCAGCCGCGGUUCUUCUUCCAUGGGUGCAGAGUCGCCAGAGAAGCAGACACCACACCUGCCCCAUGCCGGCUUUUUGCAAGCUAUGGAAGAGUCCCUACUGAAUCACUGGCAAGUUCUCAAGCGAGAGCUGGCUAAUGUCUCAUCGCCCGUAAAGACACCCGUCAGUCGAUUGUCGUCCAGCAAUGCAGCCUCUUCAAAUCCAGUAACACCACGCGGCGUGGAGCUGGAGGCAUUGCGCAAGAAGAUGUCCAACUACGAGGUGCUAUUGGCUGAGAAAGAGCGGGAGUUGCAGACUCAGUUGGAUAUGCGGCUAGAGUCGGAUGCCAAGCGCCAUCGUGGUCUGAGUGCAAGUAAGGUUGCCGAAGCUAGAGAUCGCCUGGAAGCCGACCGCAUGCUGGUAACAGAGCAGAGACGUCAGCUGGACGACGAGCGUGAGCUCCUGCUUCACGUCGCGCAGGAGAUGGACCGAAAGAGAGACGAAAUGAACCGUGAGAUGGCUCGUCCACUGGACAGUGCUCUGCAGCAGGCGCACGAGUUUCUGGACUCGUCGAUCUUUGCCCAGUCACGCACCGCCUCGCCUCCACUCUCCUCUCCACCGCAGCCAAUCGCGCCGUUCGGCACUCCAUCUACUCCGACAAAGACCACCGCUACGGCAAUGCGUGCUCCAGACACGCCGCAGAACGAGAGCUUUCUGAACGGCAGGACUCCCGCCAAAUCGCUGAAGGCCGCACGUGCGUAUCGGAGCAUACGCCGCACGCCUCACAAUCGAUCCGCCCUGAAUGUGUCGUUUGCUGCCGAGGCAUCCCUGCUAGCGUCUGGUUCGUUUGUCCAAGAUGACCAUGCCGAUGCGUCCCAAUCUCACCACCAUGAGGUGAUGAUGAUGAGCAGCAACAGCCGCUCUGCUCAUGGAACUACCGGCAGUGCCCUUGCCACCUCCACUCCGCAUCACUCACAGUUCCAAGACGUCUUCCAUAGCAGCCACGGCGGCUCUCUGACCUCGUCGCCGCGCCGUGCGCGCUCCAGACACAGCGCUGGCGUCCGUGACACCCCACCACCGCCGUUCUAUGCUGGCGGAGGUGGUGGGGUUGAUGCUGACCCUAUGCAGCAGUCAUCCUGCAGUCCCAGCCGACAGCUCGGUGCGUUUGUCAACGACAGCUUCUAGUCACUGCAAACCUGGUCCUGGAGAAAGUCUUGUGUUUCCUCGGUACGCUAUAAUCGGUGUGCUUUCAUGUGCUUGCACGCACACACACCUACACACAUACACAUUCUGGCGCUGGCGCUCGUAAUAUCGUAAUGCUUUGUUUUCGUCGUUUGUACUCGUUUCGUGCCGUACCUGUUUUGCUAUGGAUCUGCUUGCCCCGGGCACUUUUGAUAUUUUCAAGUUUUUAACUGGAUGCUCCGUUUUUAAAACACCCCCCUCUCCUACUUGUUUCUUUGCCGUUUGAGUGCGACAUUGUAUCUGAGCUCACCAGCCCCCCCCCCCCCCCCACCCCCCCCUCUCCCUUCAGGAUUUGCCUAUUUUCUGUGCUAGCUGGGUAUCCGCUACCUUGACUGUUCACCAGUGAUGCAUUCCCAGCUGGACAGCAAGGUAUCUUUUUAAACGUCUUCACAGCACGUUCCUACGGCGCCUAUGAUUGAAAAAUCGAUGUAAGCUGCCUCGCUGGCAUGUCACAUCCGAUACUCCAGGGCCCAAUUUGUAUGGGACAAGUGAACUAUUUCAUUGAGUUUUGAACUUUUGAUCACGAAGCUAUUAUAAUUCUUCGAAA